AUGCGCGUCUCCGCCGGCGGGCACCUCCCUCAGCACGGACCCACCCCUUCGUUCGAGACCGCAGGCAUCACCCAGGGGUCGGGGCCCACUCUGUGGCUGCUAAGGGGUGAAAACUUGGGAGCCGCGACGCAGCGCCGCCCGGCAGCAGUGCCAGCCUAUGCCCGGGCCGGCGACGGCGCCUCCCAUCCCGCACAGCCGCGACUGCGGUGCCGCGGGUCCCCUUGGAGCAGCCCGGGAGCUGCCUGUCCUGCUCACCCCGGCCCUGCCCCGCGCCCACCCGCCUGCCUUACCAUGGCUGCAGCCCGGGCGGGGCCGGCUCCGCCUGGACUGCGCCCGAGCGACCCGCGGCUGAAGCUGCGCGCCGACCUCGCAGCAACGCCGUCCCCCGCCCGCCUCCCCGAGUGCGGACCGUUGGGGACGGGACCGGCGGCGGGGGAGGAGCGAACCGGCCUCGGGGCGGGGCCUGCACCACAGCGGUUAGGGGUGCCGGCGCGAGCCGGGCCAGGGUGCCCACCUGGGGGCCGGCCUCACAACCCUUGACCCCGGAGGCAAAGGGUAUGGAGAGACAGCUAGGGCAGAGCGGAGAGCCUCAGCUCCUCGUCCCCGGGCUGCACCGGACACCUGGCCCUUCUUUACUCAGCUCCAGAAGUACCGCGGGGGCUUGAGCCAGUUCCCAAAGAAAAAAGAACGGCCCACCUGGCAUCCCCAUAAGGAGAUGCCUUUGGAAGGGAGGGGGAGUUGCUGCAUGACUUGGAGAGAAACCAUUAGUUACCCCAGAGAUUCAGCAAGGUUUUCAUAAAGUGAAGCCGACUGAUGCCCAUUACUGAUCACCACACCUCUUAAAGAGGAAUGUCAGAUAUUCUCCACCUCCACCUGAGCUGUGAAGACGCAGGUUAAAGACAGGCUCCCUUCGUGCAGUACCGCAGAUUAAAGAUGAAAGAGGAUUUGCUGCACAAAUUAUCCAGGGAUCAUCUACUGGAAGGAUGGAAGGGAGAGGCUGAGUGGCUUUAACAGGACGGUGGAGCUUUGCCUGUGGCUGAGGACAGUGGAGAGGGCUGCAGGAGAGGCCAACUCAGGCAUGAUCCAGGCCCAGCUGGGCCCCUCUUCCUCUGAAAAGCAGGACUGCAUGUAGCUCAUACAGUGCUUUUGUGCAAAUAUCCCUCUGGAAGGAUGCAGACCCACAAGUGAACAGCUUGGCAAAUGGAACAUACGUUAGAUUUCAGCCCCCCACUUUCCCCUCCACCAGGUGCUCUUGUGCAGUGAACAGUCUGCCCAAGCAUAGGGAGCAGCUCUGUCUUUCUCCAUGCCCACUCCCAUUAUAGGACAGGAGACGGAUUUGGAUAGUCGGGUGGGCACAGGAAGACUGGAAGUAACCUCCCAGGGGUGUUCUUACCUCCUCAUCUGUCAUAACAGAGAAGUAGAAGCCAGGCAUUCCUAGGGGGGCAGCAAGUGGAAUUCAGAGUGUGCCAAUAGGAAAGGAAAAAGAGAAAUUUACUAAAGAUGCCCAGUGGACUUGGGCAAACCUGGCCCAAUCCCUUCCUAGUGCAAGUGGCCCAAAUAAUAGCAGCUGGUCUUUACUGAAAGCUCACUGUUGCCAAGUACCGUGCUAAGAGCUUUAUAGGUAAUAGCUUGUAAUAAUCCUCACAAUAACCCUAAGAGGGAGCCAUUAUUUUCAUUAACAGAUGGGGAAACUGAGGCUUAGAGAGGUAAAAUAACUUACCCAAAGUCACAGUCAGCAAAUAGUGGACCCAGGGCUCAAAUCCAGUUAGUAACUCAAGUUUGUACUUAACUGUGCCCCUACUUUAUAGAGCUUUCCUCCCUCUGAGGAGCAGGACUGCCCAUCUCUGCUCUUUGCUGACCAUCACUAGGAGGGUUCAUGCUGGUUGGGGUUGGAUGGCAUUCCCAGGGCUCUCUGCCCCCAGGAACUGCUUUAUCCAGAGCCCUGGCCUCUGUCAUGCUCAAGGGCUGGAGUGUAUUUUGGGCCGUGAUGUUCGCAACAAGAAGCCCCUGCUGCCAAGAUUUACUCCAUGAGGGUGGUCCCCACCCUCCCCUGCCC